AUGGCGACGAACGACGAGAAGCUUGCGCGGCUACAGGCCCUCACAGGCACACCUACGGAAACGGCCAGGGAGUACCUGGAGGCUUUUGACUGGAACAUUGAAGCUGCGGCCCAGGCCCUCCUCGAAGACGCCGACGGCGGCGACGAUUCAGCUGGCGAGCAAGGCUCUUCGACCCAGGUCCCCGAGAACUACACUGGACCUCGCACUCUUGAUGGCCGACCCGUAGACGUCGGCUCCAGCUCCCAAUCGAGGGCCCAACAACCCAAGCGCCAAGAGAAGAAACGUGGUGUGGCGACGCUCUCAUCACUCGGCUCGGGCAGGCACGCACACGGCUCUGAUGAAGAGGAUGAUGAGGAUGAGGAAGGAGCGAAGGGUAGGGGCGAUUUGUUUGCCGGUGGAGAAAAGAGUGGUCUUGCGCUGAGGGAUCCUACACGGGGUGGCGAGAGGGGCGAGGGCUCACGAGGACUCAUCAACGAUAUUCUUGCAAAGGCUCGAGAGCAAACUAGGAGGGGGGCUGAUGAGGCCACCGAAGAGCGCCCCACUCGCCAUUGGGGUGCUGGUCAAACUCUCGGAGGUGAUGGUGUAGAAAGCCGACGGAUUGCUGAUCCCCACGCUGGCCAUGAGCACGCCCCCCCUGCUGGAGAGCCCCAGGAGAGGACCAUCCACAUUUGGCACGACGGUUUCAGCUUCGACGAUGGCCCGCUCUACCGAUUCGAUGACCCGGAGAACCAGGAGACCCUUCAGUUAAUCCGUAGCGGACGCGCGCCACUCCAUUUGAUGAAUGUCCGGUUCGAUCAGCCCGUAAAUGCCCACAUCUCUCAACAUGACGAGCCUUGGAGGCAACUCCCAAGGAUCUACAGACCAUUCGGUGGCGAGGGUAGGAGGUUGGGUAGUCCCGUGCCCGGUGAUGGUAAUGUCAGGCCUGCUCCGGCUACCUCUCAGCCCGCCGCCGCCAGAGCUACUGCUUCAUCGUCUUCCUCUGCCACGCCCAAUACCGGAGUCGACUCAUCUCAGCCCACACUUGCCCUCCGUGUUCAGCUUCCCGAUGGAACUAGACUCCCCGCCAGGUUCAACACGACGCAGACGGUUGGCGACCUUUACGAUUUCGUUCUCCGCGCGCACCCCGCCACCCAAAGCCGCGGCUUUGUCGUCGCCACUACCUUCCCAAACAAGGACCACACCGAUCGCGCUCUGGUUCUCGGAGAGAUGCCUGAGUUUAAGAAGGGCGGCACUGCGUUUGUCAAGUGGACAUAG